AUGAUUGGCAAAGCAGAUAUCGACCUGCUGAAAUUAGAAAUCAAAGGUAGCUAUCGUGAGGGCUUCGUCGAAAGGGUUCACGCUCCUGAUCGGGACCUCGGCUUGCCGGAUAGCUACACCACAACAACAUGGGAUCGAGAAGAGGAGUAUUUCGCCCGUGGAACCUAUGGAACUCUGCAUCUCGAGAAGGAAAGGGACGCCCGUGGACGCCCUGCGCGCGUCCGUGUCGUCAAGUUGUUGAAGAUCGACGACUUGAACGCGGAAUGGCACAGAGAGCUCGAUGCUUUAGUCGAGUUUUCCCAUCUCAGAUACUAUGACUCUGGCUCGUUCGUCGACUUUGAUGGAUGGUUCGCAAACCGUAAUUUUGUGUAUUUGUUCAUGGAAUAUCUUGAGCUCAAAAGCCUGCAUGAUGUCGUGGGAGCGAAUUCACUCGCAGAGAACGAGAUCCUUACUAUUGCUAUUCAGAUACUGCAAGGAGUUAGCACCAUGCAUGCAUCAGGAUACGUUCAUCGCGAUCUCAAACCCCAGAAUAUUCUUGUAGCAGUACAAAGCCCAGACUGGUGGGUGAAAAUUGCAGACUUUGGACUCACAAAGGCAAUCUCGAAUGAGACGCUGGCACGGACAGCGGGGAGAGGUUCCGAGGGCUAUGCAGCACCUGAAGUCUUCCGGGAGACCAGACCGAGGGACGACCGCGACACGUCGCAUUAUGACUACCUGGUGGACGUUUGGUCUAUCGGCUGUAUUCUUUUCAGAUUGUUAACAGGGGCGGUGCCUUUCGAGGGUGACGAUGUGAAAGAUCACUAUUCGAAUUUGUCGUCGUUUCUCAUUACGAUGAAAAUUGGACCGCGAAUGAUCACCGCCGACUUCACUUUCGCAUUGCAAGAAAUGCUGCAACCGAAUCCGCGCCGGCGUAUCAGUGCCGAGAACGCACUCGUAUCAUCCUGGAUAAUGGGCGCUCCUGCAGGUACGAUUUGA